AUGGUCCAGAGGGGGGCCGGGGACAACGCCAUCCUGGUGGAUCUAGUGUCCUACGACACGGAUUUUGAGGCAUUUAAAUUCUUCGGAACCAUCGCAGAUCAGCGAGACGACAUCUUCCCAAACUCCACUCAUGUCAUCUCCCGAUACGACGAGGCGCCAUACGUGGUACAUUUCGAAGACGAGCAGACCUGGAAGGACAACAAUCUGGAAUAUCGCAAACUUUGCCUGAUAUACAAGUCUGAGCCGGCCCACACCAUCCAUUACUUCUACUAUACAGCGUGGCCGAACUCGCAGGGAAUCGAUCCCGACAAGCUCGAAUUUAUGCUGGAGCAGGUCAACGAAAAAUUCACCAACCAGAAAAUCAUCGGCAAUUGCUUAUGGGGCAAAGGUCGAACGGGGACGUGGUUCGAGGCGUGGGCCAUCUACCAGGCGACGGUGGUGGCCAAAAGCACCGAGUGGUUCUUCUCUUCGCCGGACCCCAUUAAGGAUUACACAGUCAAGAUCCACCAUCAGCGCAACAACAUGAUUGACAGCGCAAACCAAUACGUUUACCUCUAUCAGAAGUGGGCGCGACGGAUGUGGGAUCGCGUGUCUGAGAAAGCGUGA